CGAACACCCAACUGAAAGUCUGAAACCACUGUCACUGACACCCCAAAAAACAAUGUUAAAAAUUGCUCUGCUCCUCCAUCAAUCUCCUACAUCCCAGCUUCUGUCUCUUGCCUCCUUAAAAACAACCCAAAAGAACAGCUCACUUGCUGCAGUUCCCAACAAACAGCCAUCAGUUAUCCCCAGAUUCUGUUCCUGUGGAAGAAGGCAUUUCAUUGAAGCUGCCACUGCAGCUUUUCUUCCAAUUUGCCCCUCCAAUGCCUCCAGCUUACACUCUGAUGAUUACUUGGAUUUGAUGAAAAAGAUUCACUCUCCUAGGCCGGAUUGGUACGAGGAGUUCUAUGCCUCAUUUAUGGACACAAGCAUGAAAUCUUAUGAGGCUGAGAUUGCAGGCUACAAGUCACAGCUUUUUGAGAAACUAAGGGGAAAGGCCAAAAGGAUACUGGAGAUUGGCAUUGGCACAGGCCCUAAUCUUGAAUACUAUGCUGAUAAUAGUGAGGUCCAAGUUUUUGGUGUGGAUCCUAACAAGAAGAUGGAGAAGUAUGCUCGAGCAGCAGCAGCAGCGGUUGGUUUACCAUCAAAGAAUUUUCAAUUCAUAGAAGCUGUUGCAGAGGCUGUUCCACUAGAUGAUGAUUCUGUUGAUGCAGUUGUUGGAACACUUGUAUUAUGUUCUGUUAAAGAUGUUAAUAUGGCACUGAAAGAGGUGAAGAGGGUGUUGAAACCUGGAGGGCUUUUCCUGUUUGUCGAACAUGUGGCUGCCAAAGAUGGAACAAUUCUAAAGUUCUGGCAGAGUGUUCUUGAUCCAUUGCAACAGACAGUGGCUGAUGGAUGUCACCUUACCAGAGAAACCGGGAAGUAUAUAUCUACAGCAGGGUUUGCAAGUUUGGAGCUAAGCAUGGCCUCCUUGUACAAUGCUCCCUGCUCAUUAAUAAGUCCACAUAUUUAUGGAGUAGCAUGCAAUUAAAACCAGAAGUUGAUCAAGUUAUCAAUGAAGUUAUGCUUGCUUAUCAGCAACUUCAACAUAAAUUGCAGCUUUUGAUUGGUCUUAACUCCCUGAUGAUCCACUCUUUAAAGUGCCAAAUUGGAGUGUUCAUUUGACUUAAAGGCAUUAUCAUUCCCACUAAUCUUUGAGUGCUUUUUAAAGAAAAUUCAUAUGAUUGGUAAAUCAUAUAUAUCUCUUGUAUAAAAAGUACAAACAAAAAGGCUAAGAUGUAAUCUGUUGCAAAGAUUGCAGCGAAGGGUUCACGUUAGCCAUUGAAAAUUUUACUGUGGUCUAUCGUGAAUGUUACACUUGAGUCAGGCCUAUUCUUACGAACCAUCUUUCAUGUGGUCUGUUGGUAUUGCCCGGGACAAUUGCACAUUGCUAGCACAAGAUGACAGAACCCGGAUCCUUCAUGGUUGGUUUUUAUGUUUGUCAUUCCUUUUCAUGGCCAUGACCAAUCUUUUCAAUAGGGGCCGGUUGGAUCAUGACUAGGGUUCCCUUCCCACUAGCCAUCUUAGCCAUGUUCAAACCCAUUGUCAUUUUCUUUCAAUUUGGCAAAAUAACACAAAAUCCUACUCCUGGAAUCGAAUCAUACCGGUAACCAGGAUGAAG